UGGAAAAAUCGAAACCCUUGCGCCACCUGGGCACUCUGGAUAUAAAAUAGGAAAAAUAUUAGAUCAACAAUUGUAUUGUUUAAUAUGUAAAUAAUAGUGAUAAGAAGACAGCUGUGCAGAAAUUGGACUGGCGCGAAUCGUUUAUAAAAGACAGACCUUGGCAAGAGAAGUGCAGCAAACGGAUCCUAAAUUCCAGAAGGGAAGCAACAGCGCAGCAGCAGCGCAGUCGACGCCUACGCGCGCCGCAAAGUAGCAGCGGAAGUAAUAAAAAACAGAAAAAAGUGGGUGAAAAGUAAAAGAGAAAGCGGAUACGAAGCAGGAGGAAAGUGCGGAGGCGCAGACGGAGCGGAAGCAGCGGGAGAGCGGAGGGGAAUAAGCACGAAAGUCAUGCCGCUGGCGGACUCGCAAAAGGAUCUCCGCCAGCAGCAGCAAACCCCGCAGCAGCAGCUGAACAGCAACAACAAUAAUGCAGCCCAGCAGCAGCAGCUGGCGGGGCAGAAUCAAUCCACAAUGGGCUCCAUGGGCUUGCAGCUGCGCCAGCGCAUGCAGAUCACCUCGUCCGGAUGCAGUAGUCUGGCGGUCACGCCCAUGGAGCACACACCCACCGAGGAGGACGAGGAGAGCGGGAGGGCGGUGACCACGGUGACGUCAUCGCAGCGGAGACAGCAACAGGUACAGCAAUCGGCCCUGCAGGCUGCGUUGGAGCAGCACCACAUCUCCCCGGCCAUUGGAACGGAGGAAACCCACCUGCAGUCGAGCAGAGAGAAGGCUUCAGGAAAGAAACUCUGCCCGCCCCCAGAACUAAUGGAACUCAGUGACUCCGAGUCCGGUGGCGGGCAGGGAGGGGCUGUCGGCGGAGAUGUCCUUGAGCUGAACGAGAACGAGUUCGAGCUGAAGGAGGUUAUCAAGGAGGGGCACGACAAGGCCGAUCCUUCGCAGUUCGAGCUACUCCGGGUACUGGGAGAAGGCAGCUUUGGCAAGGUGUUCCUGGUCCGAAAAAUAAUCGGCAAGGACGCUGGAACUCUCUACGCGAUGAAGGUCCUCAAGAAGGCCACCCUCAAGGUCAAGGACCGCGUGAGAAGCACCAAUGAACGCAAAAUCCUGGCCGACGUUGGACAUGCCUUCAUCGUGCGCCUCCACUACGCCUUCCAAACACCGGGAAAGCUCUACCUGAUCCUGGACUUCCUGCGCGGCGGUGACCUCUUUACUCGGCUGUCCAAGGAGGUGAUGUUCACCGAGGAGGACGUCAAGUUCUAUCUGGCGGAACUGGCUUUGGCCCUGAAUCACCUGCACACGCUGGGAAUAAUCUACAGAGACCUGAAGCCGGAGAACAUACUUCUGGACGAACAUGGGCACAUAGCGCUCACAGACUUCGGGCUAUCCAAGCAACCCCUGGACGGCUCGAAGACCUACAGCUUCUGUGGUACCGUCGAGUACAUGGCGCCGGAGAUAGUGAACCGGAAGGGGCACGACUUUGCCGCCGACUGGUGGUCCUUCGGCGUCCUAAUGUACGAGAUGCUGACGGGCAAUCUGCCCUUCCACGGACAAACUCGCCAGGAGACUAUGAACCAGAUACUGAGGAGUAAGCUGGGUAUGCCGGAGAAUCUGUCCCCCGAGGCGCAGUCGCUGCUGCGGGCGCUGUUCAAGCGGAAUCCCCAAAACCGACUGGGAGCCGGAGCCCAGGGCAUACUGGACAUCAAGGCGCACUGCUUCUUCGCCACCAUCGACUGGGUGAGAUUGGAGCGGAAGCAGGUGCGUCCGCCAUUCAUACCGGCGGUCAGCCGCGACGAUGCCUUCUACUUCGAUGUGGAGUAUACCUCGAAAUCGCCACGCGAUUCGCCCGGUGGUCCCAUAUCCGCAUCUGCGCACGAGAUCUUCAGAGGCUUUAGUUUCGUGGCCCCAGUUCUGCUGGAAGCCCAGUGCUCGAAUGCCGCUUCCAACAGCUGCUCCACCAGCGCCAGUCCGCUGCACAUUGCUGCUGCUCCCAUUCCAGCCGUGUCAACGGUGGCUCCUUCUAUGGCUUCCCGCAGUUUACCCGGAGUCUUGCCGGGUAACUUCCAUGCAGAGUACAAUCUGCUCCAGGAGCUCGGCCGCGGCACCUUCUCCGUUUGCCGCCUCUGCGAGCACCGCGCCUCGAAAAAGCACUAUGCCGUCAAGGUUAUCGAAAAGGCGGCAGUGGCCGCCGCCUCCACGUCCGCCGAUUGCUGGGAGGAGGUGGAGAUUAUGCUGAGAUACGGAAACCAUCCCAACAUUGUGACGCUGUACUCCGUGUACGAGGAUGCCGGCUCGGCCUACCUUGUGAUGGAGCUGCUGAAGGGCGGAGAGCUGCUGGAUCGCAUCCUGGCCGUGGGCCAGAUGUGCGAGAGCGAGGCGAGUGCCGUGCUCCGGACCAUAGCCUCGGCGGUGGCCUAUCUGCACGAGCACGGCGUGGUGCAUCGGGAUCUGAAGCCCUCGAACAUGAUAUACGCCAGCAUGCGACAAACACCGGAGACCCUGAAGCUCUGCGAUUUGGGCUUUGCUAAGCAGCUCCGGGCGGACAACGGCCUCCUGAUGACGCCCUGUUACACGGCCAACUUUGUGGCGCCGGAGGUGCUGAAGCGGCAGGGCUACGACCUGGCCUGCGACAUCUGGUCCCUGGGCGUGCUGCUCUACAUAAUGCUCUCUGGGAGAACGCCGUUUGCCAGCACUCCGAACGACUCGCCCGAUGUGAUCCUCAAGCGGAUCGGUUCCGGGCACAUCGACUUCACCAGCAGUCGAUGGGCUCUGGUCAGCACGCCGGCCAAGGAUCUGCUGCGCCAGAUGCUGCACAUCGUGCCGGAGAAUCGCCCGACGGCGGCCAAUAUCCUGGAGCACACGUGGCUGCGCGAACAGUUCGCCAGCGGAGUCCAGCUCACGGAGUACGCUGUGGCGCCCGGAUCGCAGCUGUCGAUUGGAGCGCAGCAGCAGCAGCAGAACCACAUCUCGAUGGCACUGCGCGGAGCAGUGGACGCCACAUUCCGGGCUAUCGCCAUACCGCAGGCCGCCAACGUGGGACCCGUGGAGCUGUCGAUGCUGGCCAAGCGGCGGGCCAAGGACCGGGCCCAGCUGCACUCCUAAUCGUGGGCCGCAGCAUCCUGGUGCUUAAGGCGCCAGGCCAAAAGGCAGCUAAUCCGGAUAGUUUUCCGACUCUAUAGUAUUCUAAUCCACUGCUGUGCCGCGUUUCCCCGCCGGUUCGUGAAACAGAACGGAGGCAGAGGCGGAG